AUAAGUUGCUGAGUCCAGCCACUACGCAGUCCAGCCUCGAGAAGCUUGACCACAUCUGCCCGCACUCUUAUUUUAUUCAUCUCUUCUUUAACCCCUGUACUUUCUGCCUCCACAGUAUAGACAGACCAGCUGUUGGCCUGUCGAUCAAACACUUUGGUCCAGUCCGAAACAUACUGGCAACAACUGAGUGGAUUGCUGUGAUACUGGUUGUGUGGAAAUGAAGCUGUGUCUUCUUCUUUUCUUGCUUUGUCUCUGCUGUCCAGGACUGACAGAGGGGCCCAGUGUAGGAAGUCCUGUCAACGAAGAGAAGGCCACAGAGGAGGGUGUCCACAGCUGUGGAGGGAGGAGGUGGUUCAACCCUGAUGAACGCAGGUCAAUAGGAGGUGCCAUAGAACGACUGGGUUUACAGCUUCUGGAAAAGCUUUCUAUAGGUCCACUGCAGCCCAAUGUUGUCCUGUCACCUCUCAGCCUGACCUUUGCCCUUGCUCAUCUCACCCUGGGUGCUCGCAAUGAGACAGAGAAGCUGCUGCUGAAGAGCCUCCAUGCUGACAGUCUAACAUGUUACCAUCACAUCCUGGGAGGCCUUCUACCUCACUUCAGAAACACAUCGUUGGAAUUGGCGACACGCAUGUACCUGAGACCAGGAUUUGAAGUGAAGGUUUCUUUUGUUGAGGACUCUCUGGCCAGGUACCAAUCACAGCCUGUCCCUCUGGUCUCUGUGGAUGAGGUCAACCAGUGGGUGGAGAAUGCCACCAAUGGUCACAUCCCCAACUUCUUGCAAAGUAUUCCACAUGAUGUGGUGCUUAUGCUCACAAAUGCUGUGUAUUUUAAAGGUGAAUGGCAGACACGAUUUGACCCCAUGGUGACCUCUAAGGGAGUGUUCUAUCUGGACAACCAGAACUCUGUGUUAGUGGACAUGAUGAAGUCUGCCCAGUACCCGCUCCGCCUGCUGGAUGAUCCAAAACUAGAAGCACAGGUUGCCAGUUUUCCCUUCAAGGGAAACACCAGCUUCAUAAUUGUCAUGCCCUUGCCAGGCAGAGGAAACGUGUCAUCAGUGCUUCCCAAACUGAACAUCUCAGACCUUUAUGGACGUCUACCUCAAGAGAAAAUAAUGCAGGUCAACUUACCCAAGAUGAAGCUACAGUACCGCCAGGAGCUCCAAGAAGUCCUGACCAGCAUGGGCCUUGGUUCUCUGUUUUCGGGUCCUGAUCUUUCUGGGAUUUCAGACCAUCCUCUGAGGGUGACGGAUGUUCGCCAUGCUAGCACAGUAGAACUCAACGAGGAAGGUGUGGAGGCGUCAGCCACCACUGUUGUUACCUCCACACGCUCUGUCUCCCUUUUCUCUGUCAACUCUCCCUUCCUCUUUGCCCUUGUCGAUGAUGCCUCUCUGGCCCCCCUCUUCAUGGGCAUCGUCACAAACCCCGCCCCCGACAACGACCGUGUGCUGAAUGAUGAUCCCCAUGGCAACAGAACCAUGAGUGACCAACCUGUGAUGGUGAACAGUAAAGACAGCGACACAUUGUGCAGUGAGAUAGAGCCAGCAGAGGGUGGCAGCAUGCAGUCAUGUAGCGCUCCCACAGGUGACAGUGAACAGCAGUAACAGAGACAGAAUCUGCUCCAAACCAGACCAGUCAGAACCUGCCUCAGAUCUUUCAAAGGAAAAGUUCACCAUGUUUGGAGAUGCAGCAGUUGUGUUUGUUGCUGAAAGUUAGAACAUUGAUUUCUGAUGUGAUGAGAAUGCUAAAAAAUAUUCAGUGACUUCAUAAUACUCUUGUAAUACAUUUGAAGACAGCAAACAGCAGAGAGAAAAUCCACUGAGAGGAAACACAAGACUGUUUCAUAUAAAACCAAAUAUUUUCAACUAUGCUUUAUGAUGUUAAAAAUCUUUCCUUUGCAGAUGUUUUAUCUACAAAGUGACAAUUUCAAAAGAAAAUAAAACAAAAAGCUGUA